UCUUACCGAAAACUGCAGGUAUAACACGGUCUUCAGUUCAAAAAACAAAUGACGCCAGACAAACAAAUGUCGAUGAGGAGCUGGCUAAAAUGAUACCUAGCGACUUUCAACCAUUUUCCAUUGUGGAGAACAGAGGAUUUACAACUUUUGUACAUGCCUUAAACCCCAUGUAUGUUCUCCCUAGCAGAAAAACUUUGUCCCAAACAAUUAUACCACACCUAUAUAACAAGGAACGUCCAUUAUGGCAAGACAGAGUCAAAAAAGCUUCAGCAGUUUGCCUUACAACUGACUGCUGGACAUCCAGAACAACAUGCUCAUACAUGUCUGUCACUUGUCACUUUACUGAAAACUUUAAGAUGACAUCCUGCCUUCUUGACUGUUUUGAGUGUGCUGAGAGACAUAACACAGAAAACCUAGCAGAGGAGCUACUAAGAGUGGCUCAAGAAUGGCAAGUAAAUGACAAAGUGGUGUGCUGUGUUACUGAUGAUGCAGCAAACAUAACAAAAGCCAUACAAAAUUUGCAGUGGACUCACAACCCAUGCCUUGCACACACAAUAAACCUGAUAGUUCAAGAUGCGCUGAAGGUGGUGAAACAAACUGUGGACAAGGUAAAGGCUAUUGUAGAGUUUUUCCAUGAAAGCACAAUUGCCACAGAGAAGCUGAAGUCUAUGCAACGCCAGAUGGGGAUGCCAGAGCUAAGGCCCAAACAAGAGUGUGCUACAGGAUGGAACUCAACAUUUUAUACGUUGAAACGCAUCCUCGAAUCAAAAGAUUCCAUCAUCUCCACCCUGGCUGCAAUCAAUGCUCCUGUUGAAACUUUAAGUCAAGAGGAAUGGGACAGAGUGAAAGAGGUCUGCAUCAUUCUGGAGCACUUUGAGGAGGUGACUGUGGAGAUAAGUGCAGAAAGCUAUGUCACAGCCUCCAAAAUGCUUAUUCUCUGCAAGGGUCUACAGCGGGUAACAGCCCACCAUCAACGGAGUGUAACAAUGGAUAAAAGUAAAGGAGCUGGCCACUGCUCUUUCUUCAUCCAUGGACAGAAAAUUUCUGAGGAUGGAGUACAACAGUGUGCUUUCAGAAACCACUGCUCUGGACACCAGGUUUAAAAAGGUAACAUUUAAUGACAACAGAGCUGUGGAUGAGGCAUUUCAAAGAAUAAGUGCAGCAGCAGCAAGAUGCAACCCCAGCAGCCUGUCUGCUCCUCCAUCAAAGGGGCAAGAGGAAGAAACUGGAGCAAGGGCGUGUUCACAGGAACCACAAGCUUCUGCUGUGUGGAGGCUCUUUGACGAAAGAGCAACAGGAGACACUGCAAGGAGAAAUCCCACAGCUGAUGCUAUGUUGGAGUUGAGGGCCUAUCUUGAGGAGCCCCUCAUCCAAAAAGCUGAAGACCCUGGUUAAGGUUAAGGUAGUGGUAGGAAGACUUUGCAUCGUCGCUACUUCAGUCCCUUCAGAAAGAGUCUUCUCAAAAACAGGACAAAUAAUCACGGAGAGGAGAAAUUGCAUCAGCCCAUCUAAGCUGAGGCAUCUGGCAUUUCUGAAUGCCAA